CAUGGAAUCUUUACUGAAAGUCUAAGGCAACGAUCCGAAAACCAAGGUUCAUUAUGGCAGUGCUGAGACGUCUUUUGCUUCUUUUCACUAUUUAUUCCAUGAUUAAUGCAGAAGAUGAAAAAUGCCCCAAUGGAUGGACACAUUUUGGAGUCAAAUGCUACAAGUACUUCCCUGAGGCAUUUAACUGGAUCACUGCAGAGAGAUUUUGUCAAACUUAUGAUGCAAAUCUGGCAUCUGUGCAUAAUAAAUUGGACAACGAUCAUCUGCUGAGUCUGGUGCCUUCUUACACAAAUUUUUGGGUUGGCGCUCAGGAUGGUGAAGAAGAAGGACAGUGGAUUUGGAGUGAUGGAAGUCCCUUUAAUUAUACCAGUUGGUGCUCUGGAGAACCUAACAAUUCAGGAGAUACAGAGAACUGCCUGGAGCUGGCCUAUAGCUCUAACCAUUGCUGGAACGAUCUGACAUGUUCGUCACAGGUUACCUUUGUUUGUGCAAAAAAGAUUCAAGAUCACAUGAAGUCAUCCUACUCCAUAGUUACAUGAUUGUACAUACAUUUACAUUUUCUGGUCUUAUCCUUUACAAAAAAUGUUAAUUUAAAAUUAAAGGGAUAGUUCACCCAAAAGUAAAUAUUACUCCAAGAUUUACUCAUCCUCAAGCCAACCACUGUAAAAAUAAAUAAAUAAAUAAAAAUGGCCAAAUUCUGAUAGUAAUAUACUGUUUUCUAUUAAAACAGUAAUGUAGUAUAGAAAACAAUGCAUUCUGGGCCAUAAUUUUCAUGGUAAGAAUAUAUAAGAACUAUUCCUUUAAAAUUGUAUCUUUUAUUCAAUCUUGAAUUCUUUCUCAUAACCUUCUCUAAAACAUUAAUUGAAUCAAUAAAAGUAUUGAUAAAA